CGGGCGAGAUACUUCUAACCGGGUCCACAUUCUAUAAAAGCCCUUUCUUGGUUUAGCCUCUUUGUCUUCCCCGCGAAAACACUUAUUCCAUUUCUUCUCAAUUGCAAGGACAAAAAUCCCAGUGACUCAAGAGAUUCGACGACCUAUAGUCAGCCAUUAGCACGAAAUUCGCCAUCCAUUUCACGAUGGGGAACCGAAGAUUUGCGCAGGUUUCCACUAGCGAUGAGGAAGACGAAGUACCAGCAAUGAAGCAGCAAUCCUCAAAUUCAGACGACAACUUGCCAAUUCGUAGGAAGAGGAAGAAGAUGAAGCUUCAAAAGGAGGAGGAGGAGGAGGAGGAGGUGGAAGGGGAUGAGAGGCAUCGCAGGAGUAGGAAAAGUAGUAAUAAAGGAGAGAAGAAGAUGGAAGCGUCUAAACAACAGCAGGCGGAGGAUGAAGAUGAUGACGACGACGAUCAGUCGCAAGAGGAUGCGAAACCGAUUGGGGAUGUUGUUAGGGUUUCGGGAAAAGGAAGGGGAAGGAAGAAUCAUUACAAUGCGUUUGAAUAUGAUGGCAACAGAUAUGAUCUUGAGGAUCCAGUACUUCUAGUUCCCGAGGAUAAGGAUCAAAAACCUUAUGUGGCAAUUAUUAAGGAUAUUACUCAGAACAAAGAUGGCAUGAUGGUCACUGGGCAGUGGUUCUACCGUCCUGAAGAAGCUGAAAAAAAGGGGGGUGGAAGUUGGCAAUCACAUGAUACUCGGGAGCUGUUUUAUAGUUUCCACCGUGAUCAGGUCCCUGCAGAAUCUGUAAUGCACAAAUGUGUUGUGCAUUUUGUUCCAUUGCAUAAGCAACUUCCGAUUCGUAAGCAACAUCCUGGAUUCAUUGUGCGAAAAGUGUACGACACAGUCGAAAGAAAACUUUGGAAGCUAACUGAUAAGGAUUACGAAGAUUCAAAGCAGCAGGAAAUUGAUGAACUUGUCAAGAAGACUAUGGCACGGUUGGGUGAUCUCCCUGAUAUCGAACCUGAAGAUGCCCCAGCUGAUCAAGAAGACCAGUUGAAAACUAAAAGGAGUUUCAAAAGAAAAAAUAUUUCUCCUCUUGAUGUCACAAGAGAUGAAUCAGAGACAACCAGAUCUGAUCUCAGCUCAAAAGCUGAAACACCAGGAAGCUGUACAACAAAUCGAUCAGAGUACUACUCCAUUUUAGAAAUAUUUGACGUUCUAACAGGUGAAACUCAUAGAGAUAGAUGGUUGGAAAAACUUUUGGAGGGGGUUCAGUACAUAUGUCAUUCUCCUGAAAAGACACAUGAAGGUGAUAUAGGAAAAACUGCUGCUAAUGGUGUGAACCUUGAAAAUAAAAAUCCAGAAUUAUCAAUUGCAGCAGAGAAGAAUGCUAAGAGCAGCAAGUCUUUUAUCUGGCCAGAUGCAGCUGUUCCGGCAAUAACUGCUCUUGAGAAGGUGUCUAAUGAUGCUUUAUCUGCUGAUUUCCAGAAGUAUAACCAAAAAAUGCGGCAAUUGGUGUUCAAUCUCAAGAAUACUCGUUUACUAGCUCAACGGCUGUUAAAUGGAGAGUUGGAACCAUCAAAAAUCCUGAAUAUGUCACCCAAUGAGCUCAAGGAUGGACUGACCGCUGAGGAGUCGGCAGCAACUAAAGAGCCUGAUGAGUCUGAGCGUAUGCAGAUGACAGAUGCUCGGUGUUCAAGAUGCACAGAAUGUAAAGUGGGUGUCAGGGACAUCAUCCAAACAGGACAUGGACAACGAUAUAAGUUGGAGUGCAUUGCCUGUGGUCAUUCUUGGUAUGCCUCCAGGGAUGAAUUAUCCAUGCUGACAAUAGAUACAACUAAUUCUACUAAGAAUGUCGGAACCGCACCUUGGGCAACUGCUAAAUUUGAAGAUGUGGAGAAGAGUUUACUCAGUCCUCGUGAACCUGAAAAAGCCGCCGAGGAACUCUUCAAGAAGACGAGUGAAGCGUACAUGCCAGUAGUGGAUAGCCAGAAAUCUAACAAGUCUAAAAAAGAAGAUAAUACAGAACCUGCUAAAAAUGCAUAGUAAGUACCGUGUCUUGUUUACUUUUACGAUCAAUCUCAGUGUACAGCUUAUAGACAAGUUACCAUAUGCACAUCUAAAUUCUCCCACCCUCUUUGUUGUCCCGAGCUGUCAUGAAGUAGUUUUCUAGGUUUACAGUUAAAGUCGCCACGGGACCUAACUUUUUUGCAGACUCCACAGAUUUAAGAGUAAAGGUUUUGCCAAGAGGUAUUUUGAUUUA